UCAAAAGCUUUGCCUCUCAUUAGUGAUCAUCGACCACCAACACUCAGCAAUGGAAGAAGAGGGGCAAGAAGAAAAAGAACAAGAGUACUGCAUCCUACUACCACAAGCAGACUGGUUCAUAAAAGUAAUAUCUUUCCAAGCAGAUAUAAUAUACAAUUGCAUUCUAGCUCUCUUAUCACCUUUCAUGCUCGUCUUUUCCGUGGCCUUUGAAUCCUAUCGCCGCACUGAAGCAGCCAUAGCAAACGUGGAGUCGGCAGUUCUUAAGGUUCCCUCUAAAAUCACACGUGGUAGCUUCAUCUUGGUGAGGAAGAUAGGGGUAGGAGUUGUGGGUGCUGUUCAUGUUCUCAUUGUUUUGGUAAGUGUAAUGCUGUUGGCUGGAUUCUUGGGUGUUGGGUUGGUGCAACUGUGGACGGAGGAGCCUGUGUUGCUGAGACAGAGACUGUUCUUUGAUUACACUGAUAUGAACCCUAAGGCUGUGUUCAUGUUUGGCGGGGAUGUUGGAAGCAUCAUCAAGAAGAGACAAAUUGGUGUUCCAAUUGGGCAUACCUUUCACGUUAAUUUGCAGCUUUUGAUGCCUGAUUCUGACUAUAACAGGCAAGUUGGGAUGUUCCAGUUGACAGCGGAAAUUUUAUCAAGCAAUGAAAAUGUGGUGUCGAAGUCUAGCCGGCCAUGUAUGUUACCAUUUAGAAGCCUUCCAAUUCGGCUAUUGCAAACAUGUCUCAUGAGCAUACCCCUUGUAUUAGGAAUCUCUGCAGAAACCCAGAAGAUAUCUGUUGAAAUACUAAAGCACAAGGAAGGUUAUCCAAGAACUAAAGCUAUCAGAGUGACUUUGAUUCCAAGGGCUGGAACAUCAUAUCUCCCACAACUGUAUGAAGCUGAAAUCCUCAUGAACUCUCGGCUACCGUGGACAAAGCAAUUGGUGCGCAACUGGAAAUGGACAAUUUCUAUAUGGGCAACAUUAUACAUUUACAUUAUGCUUGUUAUAAUUCUCAUCUGUUGCUGUAGACCACUUCUCUUCCCAUUGACAAUACAGAAUUUCAGCGACCACGACGGCGUCGAUAAAAAUUCGAGCACGAAAGAAAACAUCGAGUCGGGGAAGGAACUGAAGGAUGAAAGAGAAGUUUCAGACUUACUGAGAAAAUGGCAGCAAAGGAGGAGGAAGAGAAGGGCAAUCUUUCUACAGAAGGAUACAGCAGAAACGGAAGGAUCAUCAGCAUCAAGCAUAAGCGUUACCAGGGAAGAUACGAGUGUGGCAGUGGAAGAGGACAUCGGAGAAUCGGAGUCUGUGUGUUUAGGUGAUUGAUUUUGGUGUAAUUUCAGUUGUGUAGUAUUCAUUAGAGCCUGCAACUAGCCUUCAGCAAUGUAGCUAUAUAUGCUGUGUUGGGUUUCUUCA